CAUUAGUCAUUCCAACAAAUAUGGAAGAAGUCAAGCUCUUUAGGACAUGGACAAGCUCUUUUUCUUUGAGGAUAGUUUGGGCACUGAAGCUCAAAGAUGUCCCAUAUGAUACUAUCUUUGAAGAUCUCUCAAACAAAAGCCCUCUACUUCUUCAGUACAACCCCAUUCAUAAGGCAAUUCCAGUGCUUGUGCACAAUGGGAAACCAAUUGCUGAAUCCCUUGUGAUCCUUGAAUACAUAGAGGAAACUUGGAAACAAAACCCUUUGCUGCCUCAAGAUCCUCAUGAUAGAGCCACUGCACGCUUUUUGGCCAAAUUUGGUGAUGACAAGGUUAUGCCAUCUAUUGUGGAUGCAGUAUUCAGUGAAGGGAAAGAGCAAGAGGAAGCUAUUGCAAAAGCGAAGGAGAACUUGAACUACUUGGAAGCAGAGUUGAAGGGAAAGAAAUAUUUUGGGGGAGAGCGGAUUGGAUUUGCAGAUAUUGCGCAAGGAUGGCUUGCACAUAGUUUGAAGGUGCUUGAAGAGGUAACUAACACGAAGCUGAUAGUAGAAGAUGAGUUUCCAUUGCUAUCCCAAUGGCAAAAGACUUUUGCAGAUGCUCAUAUAAUCAGAGAGAAUUGGCCUCCUCGAGGCAAGCUUGUCGCUCAAUGUCUGUUCUUUCGCGAGCAUGUACGUGCCAAGAAGUUGGAGAAGGCACAAAUGAAGUAAAGAUGGACAAGAGCAAGAGUCCAGUACCAGUCCCAAUAAGCUUAUUGAAGCAAGUACCUUAAAAUUGUUAUCUUCUUUUUCAUCCAGUGAGCUGCAAACCCAAUUUUUGGGGUAGUUUAAUAAGACUGUAAUCUCUGUUCUUUGCACGACUGUAUGUUUUGGCCAAAUUUUCCACAUCUAAUUGUUACUAGCCUGUUGCAUCACUUGAAUAUAGCCUACACAUGAAAUGCAAAAACAAGUUGCUCAUAUUAACAAGCAACCUGAUUUUGUUCCAU